GCGGCGGGCGGCGGGGCCUGGGCUGUCGGCCGGCCUGAGAGGAGGAAAGAGUCUGCAGCGUGCGGUGUGAGGGGCGGGACCCGGCUGCCUGCGGAGGGUCUAGCUGGAGAAGGUCGGGCCAUGCUGGUGGGCCAGGGCGCGGGGCCGCCGGGGCGCGCGGUGGUCGCCGCCGCGGUGGUGCUGCUGCUGAGCGGCGUGAGGCAGGCGCACGGCCCGGAGGACAUCGUGGUGGACUGCGGUGGCUUCGUCAAGUCGGACGUUUAGAUCAACUACUCGCUCAUCGAGAUAAAGCUGUACACCAAGCAUGGGACUUUGAAAUACCAGACAGACUGUGCCCCUAAUAAUGGUUACUUUAUGAUCCCUUUGUAUGAUAAGGGGGAUUUCAUUCUGAAGAUUGAGCCUCCCCUAGGGUGGAGUUUUGAAUAUGCAAGCACGACAGUGCGUGUAACCAACUCCAAUGCCAAUGCAGCCAGUCUCCUCAUAGUUGCUGGCUACAAUGUGUCUGGCUCUGUCUGAAGUGAUGGGGAGCCCAUGAAAAGGGUGAAGUUUCUUCUCUGUUCUUCUUUAGUAACUAAAGAGGAUGUCCUGGGCUGCAAUGUCUCACCAGUGCCUGGGUUCCAGCCCCAAGACGAGAGUCUGGUGUAUUUGUGCUACACGGUCUCCAGAGAAGAUGGCUCAUUCUCCUUCUGUUCAUUGCCAAGUGGGAGCUACACUGUGAUUCCGUUCUAUCGAGGGGGGAGGAUUACCUUUGAUGUGGCACCUUCCAGACUUGACUUCACAGUGGAGCAUGACAGCCUGAAAAUCGAGCCCGUGUUCCACGUCAUGGGAUUCUCCGUCACCGGGAGGGUCUUGAACGGACCCAAAGGAGAUGGUGUUCCAGAAGCAGUAGUCACCCUGAAUAACCAAAUCAAAGUACAGUUAAAAGCUGAUGGCUCAUUCCGCCUUGAGAACAUAACCACAGGGACAUGCACCAUCCAUGCUCAGAAAGAGCACCUCUACUUUGAAACGGUCACCAUCAAAAUUGCACCGAACACACCUCAGCUGGCUGACAUUAUUGCAACAGGGUUCAGUGUCUGUGGUCAGAUAUCAAUCAUUCGCUUCCCCGACACCGUCAAGCAGAUGAGUAAAUACAAAGUUGUCCUUCAAGACAAGGACAAGUCUUUGGUCACCGUGGAGACGGAUGCUCAUGGAUCAUUUUGUUUUAAAGCAAAACCAGGGACUUACAAAGUUCAGGUGAUGGUUCGUGAGGCAGAGACCAGAGCAGGGCUGACGUUGAAACCCCAGAUGUUUCCUCUUACUGUGACCGACAGGCCCGUGAUGGAUGUGGCCUUUGUACAGUUCUUGGCAUCAGUUUCUGGGAGAGUCUCUUGUUUGGAUAAGAUAUCACUGGACAACACCUGCGGUGACUUGCUGGUGACUCUACAGUCCCUGAGCCGCCAGGGUGAGAAGCGGAGCCUCCAGCUCUCCGGCAAGGUCAGCUCCAUGACUUUCACCUUUGACAACGUGCUCCCUGGAAAAUACAAAAUAAGCAUCAUGCAUGAGGAUUGGUGCUGGAAGAACAAGAGUCUGGAGGUGGAAGUGCUAGAGGAUGACGUGUCUGCAGUUGAGUUCAGGCAGACGGGCUACAUGCUGAGAUGUUCCCUGUCUCACGCCAUCACUCUGGAAUUUUAUCAGGAUGGAAGUGGACGUGAGAAUGUGGGGAUUUACAACCUCUCCAAAGGAGUCAACCGAUUCUGCCUGUCCAAGCCUGGUGUGUACAAAGUGACCCCUCGCUCCUGCCACCGGUUUGAGCAAGCGUUCUACACCUAUGACACGUCUUCACCUAGUAUCUUGACAUUGACAGCCAUUCGCCACCGUGUCGUUGGAACUAUCACCACCGACAAAAUGAUGGAUGUCACUGUGACUAUCAAGUCGUCCAUCGACAGUGAACCCGCCUUGGUCUUAGGCCCUCUGAAGUCUGUGCAGGAGCUGCGGAGGGAGCAGCAGCUGGCGGAGAUCGAGGCCCGCAGGCAGGAGAGGGAGAAGAACGGCAAAGAGGAAGACGAAGAAAGAAUGACCAAGCCUCCCGUGCCGGAGAUGGUAGAUGAGUUACAAGGCCCCUUCUCAUAUGAUUUCUCUUACUGGGCACGGUCUGGAGAGAAAAUCACUGUUACACCAUCAUCUAAAGAGCUGCUCUUUUAUCCCCCUUCAAUGGAAGCCGUUGUCAGUGGAGAAAGCUGCCCAGGGAAGCUGAUCAAGAUCCAUGGGAAGGCAGGCCUGUUUUUAGAAGGCCAGAUCCACCCCGAGUUGGAAGGAGUCGAGAUUGUCAUCAGUGAAAAGGGGGCAAGUUCACCGAUCGCAGUCUUUACUGAUGACAAAGGUGCCUACAGUGUCGGCCCCCUGCACAGUGACCUGGAGUACACGGUGACCUCACAGAAGGAGGGCUAUGUUCUGACUGUGGUGGAAGGAACCAUCGGAGACUUCAAGGCCUAUGCCCUGGCAGGCGUAAGCUUUGAGAUAAAAGCUGAGGAUGACCAGCCCCUCCCGGGAGUCCUCUUAUCCCUGAGCGGUGGCCUGUUUCGUUCCAGCCUCUUGACCCAGGACAACGGCAUUCUGACAUUCUCAAACCUGAUCCAUGUUCCUGGGAAGACAAUCAAAGCUUCAGGUGCAUUUGGCUACCUCAUGGGCCGUUUGAACAUUUCAGUUGUCAAUUGUCAUUUUCAAUGCAUGUUUUCUGGUUGCUUUCCCAUUCAAGAGGGCUGACAUCACAACAGUAGAUCAUUAUGGUACAGUGUAUUUUCACCAGGUACUGAAAGCUUUUUAUGGCUCACUGACUGGGGACAGUCAAUUCGUUCACAAUCUAGAACCUGAAGAUUGGAUCUUCUGAGAACAUCAGAGAAAGAAUGUCCUUGGCAUCCACACUACAGCAAAACUUCAGGACCUUGAACUUUGGGUUCAUAAUCUCACAAGAGGGAAGUUGUUUGCUGGAAGAAGAUGGCAUCCUUGAUGUGAACAGCUUUUCCCAAGAUCACAGAUCAAGACUUCUCUCUUUUUUUUU